AGCAUAAAUUGGUCCGUUGUGACCGCCGGCCCCUUAAAAGCGCUGCUCCAUGGAAUGAGGUAUCGGAUCCAUGUCCGCCGUGUGGGGGCUGCAACCCCAUCUGCUGCCGUUCUUCCCAACCAUCUCGUCUUGCAACUCCCUUUCCCUUGUGCUUCCUGUCGCUUCCGAAGGUAAACCCUACACCUUCCCCUCCGUCUUCUACAAGAACGCCUGCCGCCUCCACCUUCGCCUCUCCUCUCCACUUCGCGGUCGUCAUCAACAACACCCUCUUUGGUCUGCCCAUCCUUCUUAUCUGCCUCCACCUCUUCGAUCCAAAUCCGCUUCUUCCCGGCUGCUUCCCUGCGCAUAUCCUUCGACUGAUAACAACACAUUCGACGGCGGUGACAACAAUAACAAUGGCAACAACAACAACAAUGGGAAUCGGUGGUGGCAUGAGAAAAAUCCUUCCUUUGGCCCUGACGGUUGGUGGGUUCUGCUGCCGCUGCCGCUCCUCCUUCUUGGUGGAGGACCCGACGACGGGGAUUCUAUCUUCUCCUCCAUCAGGGUUGCUGCCAUUGUCCUCUUGUCCCUGCUCCCGCAACUCCUUUUCCCAUUUCUUACGCUUGGCUUGACUGCCACUGCUGAAGAUGCCCCUGGUUUUGUCUGGGAGGUGACUGGGGGCAGGCGGACGAAGCUCGUGCAUGAUCCACGAGGCGAUUGCUUGGCGGUUGACCGAGGGACGAAUGCCCAAGAUGGAGAUGGCAGGCCCCCAUUCUACCCGAGUCUGGGGUCCUCUUGGCGCAUAUGCAAAGAUCUCGUCUUCAGGUUGUUGCUGCCUGAAGGUUACCCCCACAGUGUCAGCAGCGAUUACCUCGAGUACUCCCUUUGGAGAGGAGUUCAGGGAGUUGCCAGCCAAAUCAGCGGAGUCCUUUCCACGCAGGCUUUACUUUAUGCAGUUGGAUUGGGAAAAGGUGCAAUUCCAACAGCAGCUGCUGUGAAUUGGGUGCUUAAGGAUGGAAUUGGCUAUCUCAGCAAAAUAUUAUUGUCAAAUUUUGGUCGUCACUUUGAUGUUAAUCCCAAGGGAUGGAGGCUUUUUGCAGAUCUUUUGGAAAACAUGGCAUAUGGGUUGGAAAUUAUUACACCUGCUUUUCCUCAAUUUUUUGUUUUAAUUGGUGCUACAGCUGGGGCUAGUCGUUCAGCAGCUUCUUUGAUCCAGGCUGCUACAAGAAGUUGUUUCUAUGCUGGUUUUGCUGUGCAAAGAAAUUUUGCUGAGGUCAUUGCAAAAGGUGAAGCUCAAGGAAUGGUGAGCAAGUUUGUGGGAAUCAUGCUUGGAAUAGCCAUGGGUACCUACAUUGGAUCAUCAACUCCAUUAGCACUUGCUUCUUUCGUUGCAGUGACAGGACUCCACAUGUACUGCAAUUUCAAGUCAUAUCAGUCAAUUCAGUUAAGGACUUUAAAUCCAUAUCGAGCAUGUUUGGUCUUCAGUGAAUAUCUAUUGAGUGGACAGGUUCCUCUUAUAAAGGAGGUCAAUGAUGGGGAACCGUUCUUCCCAGGCAUACCAUUUGUCAACAAAAUAACUCGUAGAGGACAGUCUCAGAUACUAUCCGUGGAAGCUAAAGAUGCAGCAGCUGAGAUUUGCUGCAGGCUGCAACUGGGGUCUAAACUCAGUGAAGUAAUCAACAGUAAAGAGGAUGCCUUUGUACUGUUUGAUCUAUAUAGAGAUGAAGGCUACCUGCUUACAGAGAACCAAGGAAGAUAUUGUAUAAUUCUCAAGGAAGGGUGUUCGCCAGAUGACAUGUUGAAAUCUCUUUUCCACGUCAACUACCUGUACUGGCUGGAGAGAAAUGUGGAUAUGGAGUCAGGGAGUGCUGCUGAUGAGUGCAAGCCAGGGGGAAGGCUGCAUAUAUCCUUCGAUUAUGUACAGAGGGAAUAUGGUCAUAUCAAAUAUGAUGGUCUGCAAAGUGGCUGGAUCACUGACGGGCUGGUCGCGAGGCCAUUACCAACCAGGAUACGCCAGGUUUCCUAGUUUUCUGCCCAGAUUAGGUUCAUGGCAACUUUCUCUAUAGGACAUUGAAAAAGAACUACAAAAAAACAAAUAGGUGAUUGACAACUCAUCCGAUUAGUUAUUGCUUCAUGAUAAACCGAUAGUGGAAACAAGAAUGGCCGUAGAAAAUUCUCUUGUUCGAUUAAAGAUUAGGCGACUGAGAUUUCUGCCGGCAUGGAGAGUUUUGUGCCAAACCAUGCCGUGUUGUGUUGGUUCUGGCUACUUGCCAUAUCAGUAUGUCAUUUUACGAACAAGUUCUUAUGCAGGUACUCGGUCUGUACCCGUCUUAUUGUGCAAAGUUUUAUGGUGCUUAAAAAUAGAAUCUAUAUAUAUAAUUUUUGACAAGAA